AUGACCAGCAUCAACAUACGACUCGCACCCGGCGUUAUCCGCCUCUAUUUCCUCUGCUUUUAUUUUGGGAUUGGAGCUUCAGUCUGGGGAUACAACAUUGGUAUAUUAUCAUCUAUCCUCGUCCAUCCUGGGUGGAGGAAGGCCCUGGGCGGCCCAUCAACGCCCGUAGUAGGUGCUAUUGUCAGCGUUUAUUAUAUCGGUACCUUAAUCAGCUAUGCACUCCUCUCUCAUCCCAUUAACGACUGGCUUGGACGGCGCUAUGCUGCUCUGGCCGGAACUGGUUUUGUUUGCCUGGGGGCCUUACUGCAAGCGACGAGCGGUGGUUCGACGGCGGGAGGCACCAUGAUUUCCGGCAGACUUUUCAGCGGACUUGGCGUUGCAAUCGUUUCGACUUCAGUUCCUUUAUAUCAAGCGGAAAUCUCACCAGCUAAGAAAAGGGGACAUUUCGUGACAAUGAACCACGUUGGUUUCAUCGCCGGAAUGGCCAUCGGACUUUGGGUUGGCUACGGCAUGCGGUUCUGGCAAACCGGUUCAGGCCUUUACUAUGGCUGGCGGUUAUCUAUAAUGUUAGAGGUUAUCCCUGCCUUCAUAUUUGGGUUUGGACUGCCUUGGAUUCCCGAGACUCCGCGAUGGCUCGUUGAGCACAACCAAAAAGACCGUGCUCGCUCGACCUUGAAGAGACUUCGAGAAGGCAUCUAUUCCGAGGACCAAAUCGAGGAGGAGUUUGCUGCGAUCUCUAAAGAUGUCGACGAGUACCACAGAUCUGGCAGAAACUGGCUCUCUCUAUUUAAGGAAAAGGCUCUUUUCUCCCGUCUGUGGCGCGCCACGUUAUUGCAGUUCAUGAGCCAGGCUUGCGGGGCAUCGGCCAUGAAGUAUUAUCUACCAUUCCUUCUAGAGAGCCUAGGCAUUUUCACUCAUGCAGCUCUCAUGAUUGGGGCUAUCGAAAUGACUGUGAAAAUUGCUUUCACUGUGCUUGAAAUGUUCAUCAUUGAUAGGUUUGGUCGAAGGAACUGCCUGGUUGCGGGCUGUAUUGUAAUGGCCAUCUCGAUGCUGAUCAACGGUGCCUUACCGCUUGCGUACCAAGAUAACAAAGCCGCAAAUAUCGUCUGCAUCAUCUUCAUUUUCAUUUACGCGACGGGAUUUAGUCUCGGCUUUGGGCCUACUGUAUGGGUUUACAACACUGAGAUCUUUCCCACCGCUGUCAGGGCCCGAGGUCUCAACUUUGCUUCAGUUGGCAGUGCCGUCGCGUCCAUGAUUGUCAACGAGAUUUGGCCCAUCGGUCUGGCCAAGUUGCAUAGCAAAGUAUAUUUCAUCUUCAUGGCUGUGAAUAUUAUCUGGAUUCCGGUUCUGUUCGCGUUCUUUCCGGAAACCAAGGGCAGGGAGCUUGAAGAUAUGGAUGCCCUUUUCGGGAGUGUGGCUAAGCAAGUGUCAGAUGCGGAAGAUGGCCGAUUACUUGCCGAUGACGAGCUAUUCCGGGACUCAGAAGAGACGCCCCCAUCCGGCGGGCGGGAUCCGAACCGUGAUCUCAGCCUCAUACAAUGA